AUGAACUUUCCAACGUCCAAACAAGUUUUAGAAAGAGAAAGAAUUACCACUGGAUCCGCGUCUGAGUAUUUACUCGGUACCGACGGAGGGAGGGGGGGGAGGGCGGGGGGAAGGAGCCCUGUGUGUGUCUCUCUCUCGUUCCGUCUCUCCCUCUCAGAACAAAAUGCCGACCGGAAGUGCAGCUGCAGGAAUGACUCCCUCCGCCGGCGCCAAACACUAACAACCACCCCCUCUUCCCCACUCCACUUCCGCCACCGCCGCCGCCGCCGCUGCCGCCACUUGGGCUCGCGUCCUCGGCUGCGCCGCGCCGCGCCGCGCCGCACCCGGGCCCAGCCGGGGCCAGCAGCCGGGAGGCGGCAGCUCUCCUCUACGCCCCGUCCCCUCAGGGCGGCUGUGGAUGUUGCCAGUAUUGUCGAUGCUUCAGAGCGACGUUUGCCCUGCGACACAGGCGGGCCGGCUCUCCUCUGUCUUUAUUUUCCAGGAGGCCGACAGGAGCGGGGCCCGAGUUCGGUGGUGGUCGUGAGCGUGGUGGGCACUCAAGCCCGGACGGGCUCUCAGGUCGCCGACGGCGGCGGCUGGAGGCCGCGCUGGCUGUCCCAGGUCGCCGUUAGCUUUAGGGAGCCGAUCUCCGGGCGGCCCCACAGAGGACGCCCGCGAUUCGACGGCGAUGAUGCCCGUUUUAAAUGGUGUCCCUGCAGCCGGAUGGAUGGAUGGAUCGUACACCUUGCCUUUUGAGAGCCGGGACCUUACGCCCGACUGCGUGUUAUUUCUGCGGAAUAAGAACGCAACCUUUGGAGGUGAAGACGACUCUUGGCUGGAUUGAAUUGGAAUCGUGUUUGUGACGCGUAUAUUUCUGGAAAUACGCGGUCUCCGCUGCUCUUGCUUUUUGUCGGCAGAGGUUUGGGUUCUUCUCUAAUCGUCGAGAUAAAGGCCUGUAGGCGACGCUGCGCGAGCGAGAAGCUUGCCCGCUGCGGCCCCGGCGCCCCCCUCUAGGUGUGGGUGGAGCCGAGCGCGCGGGGAGAACCGCCGGCCCCGACUCAGCCACCGGUGACUGCGGGCGACCCGCGGGCCUGCGGCCAGCUGAUUUCAAACAUCGUUUUCCUCUUUAGGUUCGGAACACUGAGGCGCUGGACAAGGCUGGAAUACAAAAUGUGAUUAUGUGUACAGUACUAUGGUUGUUGUAGUUCUUAAAUUGUAAAACAAGAAGUAACUCCAUCGUUACACAGUUCUUUAUUAAGUUUGUGUAAAUUAAAAAGGGGCUAUUUUCGGUAAAAAGUGCAGUAGGUAAGCGAAAUUUUACUCAACCGGGACGAAAUUCGUGUUAUAUGAAUUGUAUUGUGUAUUUAUGUACCAGUGCGCUAAAAGUAAGUAGGAAAACUUGCUUAGAUUAUACCUUUUGCCUCAGGCCACUCAGGGGGCCAAGAUCCUGUCAUUCCUUUUCUCUAGGCCCUGCGAAUGGCUUCCCCUCUUUAGGGGAGUGAGCCAAAGCCUUGACCGCGGCAGAAGUCCCCGUGCGCCUUUGGGGGUGGGGGCGGGCCUGCCUUGGCAUCUUUGCGAGUAGGACUCUUCCCUGAGCGUCCAUAGGGCUGGCUCCUUCACCUUCAGGAUUUUGCUCGUGUCACUCGGUGCUUCGGCGGCUGCUUUUAAACUGAAAGUUCCCUAGCCCCCUUCUCAUUUUAUCCUUUGGACAGUCCACAUAUCCGUACUUGUUUAUCUUAUCUCUCCUUCCCCAGUGCAAUGUAAGCUCUAAAAGGGCAAGAGGUUGUUUUUCUGCACUGGUGUUACGGCCCCCGCCUAGAAUGCCACACAGUAGAUGCGUAGUAUGUGGUUAAUGAAUGAAUGACGAUUAUAAGGGCCUUGAUGCUCCCCCAUUUCUGUCUUUAAUAUGUACUUAUAUGCUACGGAGAGCUUUAUAAAAGAUUUAAAAAACGUUUAUUACAGAAUUCUAUAAAAAUAUAUUGCUUCUAAACAUUGGAAAGCCCUCCACAACACCAGAAACCCACAAACGAGGGAUGAAAUUUGUUUUUAAGCUUCUGUAAAUGGGCAUGCCCGAGGACAGUGCAUCAAAUGAUCAUAUCCAUACUGAGCCAAUUAUCUUUGCUCUCCUGAGUCUCAAACUGCAUUCUUCAUCUUGUCGUCCUCUGUCUUGCAAAAUACAUUAAAAGUGAGAAUUUGGUUGGCUCAGAACAAAUCUAGCACUAUUGGAAAAGUUCAUCCAGCAAGUAUUUAUAGGGCACAAAUGGGUACCAGGCACGGUAAUUCAAAAGGUGUGUGUUUCUGAGGCUAGGAGGCCUUACAUAAAGGACCACAUAUGGCUACUUUGGUUGCUACUCAAUUAUGCUGUCAAGCAAAGCAAAUGCUAGUGAAAUUUAUUUUUAGUUUUCUUCUGAAGAAAAGGUUCAGUGAAAGCUGAGGUCAGGCUUAGUGUGGAUAUUUUAAUUCACCAUUUAGUUUGCUGUUUGCUUACACUUAGGUUAGCAUUAGAUAUACUUAAUCAUGAUUUUUGAGUACUAUAAAACAUGAGAAAUUUUAUUUCCUAGUGGCUGGAAAAAUAGGCUUUUUAAAUUAAAAUAAGUAAAUAUAUCAGUAAGCUAGAAGCUAUGCAAUAAGGCUUUGGCUAUAGUAUUACAAAUUUUCAUAUUUCACGUAUUGAAUUUUUGGACAAGAAAAGACAGUCUUGAUAGGUAUUUUAUAACCAUUAAUACAAUUAAUCAAACAUUGUUUAGUAAAUCCAAUCGUCUGUUCGUUAUUAUUUUUCCCAUUAAUCUUCAGAACAGCUUUAAGUUAAUACAGAUGGCUCAGAAUGUGUUUUUCACUCAGUUUCAAAAUACCAUUAUUUCAAUUCGCUAAUAGAAGCACAAUUAUCUUCCUGUCUGCUUUCUUAAAUGUUACUGGUAAACUAGUAAUUUUGCAUGUCCAGGUAACUGCAGCUGCUACAGUCAAUCUACUUUGGAAAGUCUUGGCAUUAUUGUGUCAUUUAAUUUAAAAUUUUUAAGUUUUUUUAGUUUCUUCCCUUUCUUAUUGAGGACUUAUUAGGCGCAAAUUAGCUUUAUGCUAGACAUCUCAUGCAUGGCAGUGAAUGAAAACACAACACUGCCUUUGAGGGUUUUAACUUGUAUAUAGUUUAUACCUUUUUUUUUCCAGGUUAUAGAAUCAAAGAAAUUGUUUCAAUUCAUAUCACAGUAUUUCUCUAUUAAAUCAAAUGGUAUUUUGCUUGCAUAAAUUUAAGUAUCCAAGUUGAGAUCUUACAUAGAAUCUAUUAAUCUAAUAUUAGUGUUUUCUUCAUUUCAUUGUCUUGGGUUUUUUUUUCUUAAUAAUUAUUUUUCCCAAUACCAUCCAUUUGUUUUGCUCUUACAUUUUUAAGUCUUUUAUGUUCCAAAUCAGGUGACUUAUAUCCUCCAUUUGUCCAUUGAGGAUAGCCCAGUAAACCCUUAUUCUAACUUUAAAUUGCCUCCUUGCUUCAAGAACUGAGUUGCAUGACUCAGUUUUCUUUGCUAGGAAUAUCCCUGGAUAGUCUCGUAUGUAUUCUUGAUCAAUGAAUUGCAGAAGAUUUGAUUAAAAAUUUUAAAUGGAUUUCAGGUAUAAACUAUCUGUAUCAAAUGUCAUCACCAGGAAUUUCUACAACUGAAAAAUUUGAAUUGUUAUUUUUAUUGAAGAAUAUUUAUCUUUAAGAUAAAUGCAAUUUGCUAUAAAAUGAUAGAAAUGAAAAAUUUUAGAAAAUCAUUUUCUACUCACUGUUUUAUGCCUGCCGGUUAUCCUUUGUUAGUGAUAAAAUUGUCUCUUAUGGGAACGAAUUUGUUAAAGGUAGAAAAAAAAAACUGGUAGUGUAUGUAUGUUUUAUAGAUUAGACACUACCAAAAUUAUUUAACAUUUAGAAUAAUUAAAUUGCUUUUAGGAUGACAAAUGACUUAAGAAACUGAUGAAGAGUUAAUUAAGGAUAUUGAUUUUUAGGGCAGAGCUACAAAAUUAUCAAAUCACUUAACACUGUAAAUAUGUUCCUGUUUCAGGUUUUCAAAGUAAAUACCUUAAUCAAAUUUGGAAAUAGUAUUUAUGGAUUUUAUUCAACAUAGAUUAUCUAUUUUGUUAAAAUUGUAGAAAUGAACAGUUCUUUUCCCAUGGAUGCCUUUUUUCAUCUUGGCCUAUUCUGAUCCUUUAAGAACAAGCUUUUUCCUUUCAUUAACACUUUUCACCUAUAAUUACGAAUUUUCUCUAAACUUGUAGAUUCUAUUAUCCAUGCCAUCUGUUUAUAAUCCUGUGACACUCCUAUAUUGUUUAUGGUUUGUUUUUUUUUUUUUUUUGAGACGAAGUCUUGCUCUGUCGCCCAGGCUGGAGUGCAGUGGUGCAAUCUCGGCUCACUGCAAGCUCCGCCUUCCGGUUCACGCCAUGCUUCUGCCUCGGCCUCCCCAGUAGCUGGGACUAUAGGCGCCCACCACCCCGCCCGGCUAAUUUUUUGUACUUUUAGUAGAGACGGGGUUUCACCGUGUUAGCCAGGAUGGUCUCCAUCUCCUCACCUCGUGAUCCCCCCGCCUCGGCCUCCCAAAGUGUUGGGAUUACAGGCGUGAGCCACUGUGCCCGGACUUAUUGUUUAUGUUUUCAUGCAUCUAUACCUUAUGUUACUAAGUCAAAGUGACCAGUUCCCCGUUAUACUACAAGUUUCACUGUGUAAUGCAUAAGAAUUACACAGAGGGAAGGGCCUCAAAAAAUGCACUUCUGAAAUAUUUUAAUGUAAAAUUAUUUAAGACCAUAAAGUUUCAUGAAAGCCUAAUCUUUCUGGAACCUACACAUACUCUGCAUAUGAACCAGAGUUAAACUAGUCAAGUAUUUUAAUACUGAACUAAUCUGGAAAAACAUCAUUUAAGAAAUUACUGUUUUUAUGAGGGAAGAAUAUAAAAUCUAUUAAAAACUUAAAACAUCUUAAAUAAGUAUGAAGAGAGGCUUAUGGUGCUCAUUUUAACAGCAUUCUUGAGUAGGUUAGCUUGUAGUCAAAGCAUCUGCUCCAGACCAGUGUUUUAAACUGUGGAUUAUAGUACCACUAUGGGUCAUGAAAUUAAUUUAUUGCAUUAUGACUAGCAUUUUUUAUUUAAAAUAUAGAAACGAAUAGACAAUAAAAGUACAUCACAGAUGGUAAGGGUAUGUGUUUUUAAGUAAACAUUUGUUCAUGUGUAUAUGUGUUAGAUUAUCUUGUAAAAUAUAUUCCUUAUUGUGGGUUACAGGCCGAAAAAAGUGUUUGUUUUUGUUUUUAAAAAUCUACAGUUCAGAUUUUCCUUAGAAAAUGGGGAAAAAAGGAAUGUUAGAUCUGACUGCCAAUGAACUAGUGAAGGAUUUUAGAGGAAGUACCAGGAUAUUUUAGAGAUCUGAUACUGGUUUCAGAAAGGUAAUCUUAAGGCAAAGGGUAGGAAAUAAAGUAUGUUGUUAGUAGAAAUGUCAAAUACGGUUAAAGUUGUGAGGAGGAAUUAUUUUCCUAGUGGACCUACAUUUGUUGUGUGUAGAUCUGUGACUAUUAUUGAUCUGUUGUGGCACAUUUUCCAAUCUAAAAUGUCCAAUACAGCACAAUAAUAAACAUGGGGCAAAAUA